AUGAACCAGCAAAUCGCCAACGGUCGUCACCCCAGGGGCUUGUCCGCGCCACCCGUAAGUGACAGUCAGUGGUCUACUGCACCGUCGCCCACGGCGGGGCCGUCCCGUGUGCGCCGCCAGCCUCCCAGGACGGCGUCCACACACCGAUCUGCCAUUGAGGAUGACGGCGCAGACGAUGAGGACGGUGAAGGCGACGACGACGUCGCCUCCGACGACGAGGACGACGCACCUGAGGACCUUGGGAUGUCGCCCAUCGACGACGACGAAGACGACGACGAGGAUGCCGAGGACGACGCCUCCGAGGAAGCCCAUCCAGUCGCACCGCCGCCGAAACGGCCGACCGCACGCAAGGCUGCGCACGACAAGGGCAAAGGCAAGGCGGCGUCCCAGUCUGCAGCUCGCCGCGAGCCGAGUAAGAAACGGGCUGCCGCACCAGUCGAGCGUGGCACCUGGUCUGACACGGAGAGCACCAUCUUCGCCGCGGCGAAGUGGUUCAUGAAGGAGGAGCUCGAGCCUCUCAAGGGGAAGCAGGGUACCCAAUACUGGGUCCGGCUGCUCACACACAUCAAAGAGUCGAACCCCGGAUGGAUCCGGGGUGUCAACGCGCUCCAGAAGCAGUGGCGUAGCCUCGUGUUUCUAUGGCGGGAGUACAAACGUGCCGACGGGGGGUCGGGCAACGGCUCCGUAGAGAAACCGCCUUGGUUUCCGUACCUGGAGCUGCACAACCAGGACACCGCCGCAGCCGCUCCGCAUGCCGUGGACGGAGGUGGCGCGAAUAACGUCGACGUCCCGGCGGGCAUGGAGGUUCCGCAAUCGUCCCAGCCAGGCACGUCAACUCCUUGCUUCACAGCUCCUCCGCCAGCGACUCCUGGCACACCCAAGCGUGCCCGAGUGCGUGAGACGGCCACCAUGCAAGCGGCGAUGCUCGUCUCCGCCACCAUCAAGGACUGCCAUGGCGACGCCAUGACUCGCAUCGAAGGGCUCGUCCGUGAAUGGAUGGCGCAAGAUCUCCGACUUGCCCGUGAGCGUAUGACAGAGUCGGCUCCCCCGGAUGUGCACCGCGCGCCCCCUGAUUUCUCUCCACCGCCGCCACGCGGGGAGUCUGCUCCUGCACCCGAAACCGGUACUACAGCGGAUGAGGAUGUGGAGAUAUGGGUUCGCGGCGCCGACGAUUAG